UGGGCGCGGUAGUCAAACCAGUCAAACCUGUUAAGAAUACUUUCACUUUCUCCCGUCUUUGUUCCAGUCGUCCUCCUGACACGUCGGCGAUCAGCAUCAUGGACAGGAUCGACCAACAGAGACCGGACUCUCCUGGUCCGAGCGGUCUGUCCAUGAAGAGUGACUUCUCCAUGGGUCAUCCUAUCUCUUUCAAAGGUGGACGCCAUUUUCCUGAAGAAAAGAUCGACCAACAGAGACCGGACUCUCCUGGACCGAGCGGUCUGUCCAUGAAGAGUGACUUCUCCAUGGGUCAUCCUAUCUCUUUCAAAGGUGGACGCCAUUCUCCUGAAGAAAAAGUGGAUCAAGAGACAACAGAGAUUCCUACCCGUCAUUCUGCUCAGCAUCAAACACACCUGGACUCCAUAUUUACGGUUCUGGAGGAGAACAUAGUCCGGUUUGUGAAGAAUGAGCUAAAGAAGUUUAAGGUUAUCCUAAAAGCAGAUAACCCAGAAUGCUUGGGCAGGCGGAGCGAAGAAGAGGAGGUGUUGAGUGGUGAGGAUGCAGAGCUGAUGAAGAUCAGUAGAGAAGCUUUCCUGAAGAUCACACAACACUUCCUGAAGAGGAUGAAGGAGGAUGAGCUGGCUGACUGUCUGCAGAGCAAAACUCUGGCAUUUUGUCAGGCCAAACUCAAAUCCAAUCUACAGAUGAGGUUCCAGUAUGUGUUUGAGGGGAUUGCUAAAGCAGGAAACCGGACCCUUCUGAACCAGAUCUACACAGAGCUCUACAUCACAGAGGGAGGGACUGGAGAGGUCAACGAUAAACAUGAGGUCAGACAGAUUGAAAAAGCAUCCAGGAAACCAGGCGGACCAGAAACAACCAUCAGACAAGAAGACAUCUUUAAAGCCAAUGAACCAAUCAGAACAGUGAUGACCAAGGGAGUGGCUGGCAUCGGGAAAACAGUCUUAACACAGAAGUUCACUCUGGACUGGGCUGAAGACAAAGCCAACCAGGACAUACAGUUCACAUUUCCAUUCACUUUCAGAGAGCUGAAUGUGCUGAAAGAGAAAAAGUUCAGCUUGGUGGAACUUGUUCAUCACUUCUUUCCUGAAACAAAAGAAGCAGGAAUCUUCAGGUUCGAAGAGUUCCAGGUUGUGUUCAUCUUUGAUGGUCUGGAUGAGUGUCGACUUCCUCUGGACUUCCAACACAACAAGACCCUGACUGAUGUCACAGAGUCCACCUCAGUGGAUGUGUUGCUGACAAACCUCAUCAGGGGGAAACUGCUUCCCCCUGCUCGCCUCUGGAUAACCACACGACCUGCAGCAGCCAAUCAGAUCCCUCCUGAGUGUGUUGACAUGGUGACAGAGGUCAGAGGGUUCACUGACCCUCAGAAGGACGAGUACUUCAGGAAGAGAUUCAGAGAUGAGGAGCAGGCCAACAGAAUCAUCUCCCACAUCAAGACAUCCAGAAGCCUCCACAUCAUGUGCCACAUCCCAGUCUUCUGCUGGAUCACUGCUACAGUUCUGGAGGAUGUGCUGAAGACCGGAGAGGGAGGAGAGAUGCCCAAGACCCUGACUGAAAUAUACAUCCACUUCCUGGUGGUUCAGUCCAAACUGAAGAAUGUCAAGUAUGAUAGUGGAGCUGCAACCGAUCAACACUGGAAUAAAAAGAAUAGGAAGAUGAUAGUCUCUCUGGGAAAACUGGCAUUUGAGCAGCUGCAGAAAGGAAACCUGAUCUUCUAUGAAUCCGACCUGAGAGAGUGUGGCAUCGAUAUCAGAGCAGCCUCAGUGUACUCAGGAGUGUUUACACAGAUCUUUAAAGAGGAGAGAGGACUGUACCAGGACAAGGUCUUCUGCUUCAUCCAUCUGAGCGUUCAGGAGUUUCUGGCUGCUCUUUAUGUCCAUCUGAUGUUCUUCAAUUCUGGGAUCAAUCUCCUGGCAGAAGGUGUAUCAACCUACCAGGUGUCUCCAGCAACAGACAAUUCUGUAGUGAAGUACUUCUACCACAGUGCUGUGGACCAGGCCUUGCAGAGUCCAAAUGGACACCUGGACCUGUUCCUUCGCUUUUUUGUUGGCCUUUCCCUGCAAGCCAAUCAGGAUCUCCUACGAGGCCUGCUCCUUCAGACAGGAUGUUUCUCAUUGACCAGUAGGCAAACAGUACAUUACAUCAAGACCAAAAUCAGAGACAAUCCCUGUCAAGAGAGUAGCAUCAAUCUGUUCCACUGUCUAAGUGAGCUGAAAGACCAUUCUCUAGUAGAAGAAAUCCAACAGUGCCUGAGUUCAGGGCGUCUUCACAUAGACAAACUGUCUCCUGCUCAGUGGUCAGCCCUGGUCUUCAUUCUGCUGUCAUCAGAAAAACAUCUGGAUGUAUUCGACCUGAAGAAAUUCUGUGCUUCAGAGAAUGCCCUUCUGAGGAUGCUGCCAGUGGUCAAAGCCUCCAAAAUAUCUCUAUUGAGUGGCUGUAAGCUAUCUGAGAGAAGCUGGGAAGCUCUGGCCACAGUUCUUAGCGCCCAGUCAACCAGUUUGCGAGAGCUGGACCUUAGUAACAACAACCUACAGGAUUCAGGUUUGAUGAAGUUGUCUUCUGGACUGGAGAGUCCGCACUGUAGGCUGGAGACUCUAAGGUUAUGCCAAACUGGCCUCACUGAGAACUGCUGCCAGGGGUUAGCUCGUGUUCUGAGUUUGGAGUUUUCUACUCUGAGAGAGCUGGACCUGAGUAACAACAACCUGCACGAUUCAGGAUUCAUUCUGCUCUGUGCUGGACUGCAAACCCCUCACUGUAAACUGGCAAAUCUACGGCUCAGGAUCUGUGAUCUGUCGGGGAGAAGCUGUGAGGCUCUAGCCCCAGUUCUUAGCUCUAGUCUGAAAGAGCUGGACCUGAGUCACAACAACCUGCAGGAUUCAGGAGUGGAGCCACUCUUUGCUGGUCUGGAGAGUCCACACUGUCAACUGGAGACUCUCAGGUUGAGUCAAACCAGCCUUACUGAGAAAAGCUGUCAGAAGCUUUCAUCCAUUCUCUGCUCCCACUUCUCUUCUUUGAGAGAACUCGACCUGAGUAAUAACGAUCUGCAGGACUCAGGAGUGACGCUGCUGUCCACUGGACUGGGGAGCGCGAACUGUAGGCUGGAAGUUCUCAGGAUGUCAGGUUGUCUGAUCACAGAAAAAGGCUGUGCUUCUCUGGCCUCAGCUCUUAGCUCCAACCCCUCCCAUCUGAGAGAGCUGGAUCUGACCUACAAUCAUCCAGGAGAGUCAGGAGUGAAGUGGCUUUUUGCUGGACUGGAGGGUCCACUCUGGAGACUGGACACACUCAGGGUGGACCAUGAUGGAGUCCAGAGAUUAAAGCCAGGUCUAAAGAAGUAUGCAUGUGAUUUGUUGCUGGACCCGAACACAGCACACACAAAGCUCCAGCUGUCCAAAGACCACAGAGAAGUGACCAUUCUGUCCAACAUGCACGGGUGUGCAGAGCAUCCAGAGAGAUUUGAUUGCUGGCCUCAGCUGCUGUGUAAAAACGCUCUGACUGGUCGUUGUUACUGGGAGGUGGAGAGGAAAGGAGCUGUGUAUGUUGGUUUGACGUACAAAGGAAUAAGAAGGAGAGGGCAAGGAGUUGACUGCAAACUGGGAGGGACCGAUCAGUCGUGGAGUCUUUACUGCUCGGAUGAGAACUUCUUUGCCUGGCACAACGACCAGAGAACAGCAGUAAGCUCCGUCCCUUCCUCCUCCUCGAAUAGAGUGGCAGUGUAUGUGGACGGUCCUGCAGGCACUCUGUCCUUCUACAGAGUCUCCUCAGACACAGUCUUCCACCUGCACACCUUCUCCUGCGUAAUCACUGAGCCUCUCUACCCAGGCUUUAGAUUUGUGUCCGGGUACAUUGAUUCCUCCGUCUCUCUGAUGCAGUCGGAGGAAAAUUAAUCACAGACAAACGCUCACACCAGAGACACACAGGAGAAAGAGGCACUAAGUUUUUUCUUGUGCGAUCAGUAGCUGUAGGGCUGUUCACACUAAGGGCACACUUACACUAGCAAAGUUGUCCCGUACCGUGCUUAAGCAUGAUUGUCCCCAUUUCCCCCGCUGGCCUGCACUCACACUGCUCCAGGACUAACCAGGCCUGAGCACGGUUACCUCUUGUACAUAACGUCGUAACACUGCACAUGCAUGGCUGUACGUAAUUAUGAAGUGUGCUUAGGUUACAAGACAGGCGAACUUGAGAAAAAAACAAAACACAAUGACUUUGUGUCAUUGACUUAUUUUGAGUCAUGUUAGUCGAUACAGACAGAACACUCUGGGAUUUCUCCAUAAUAAAGGCUGUCCACGUUGUGUACCUGUGCUUGUUCUCAUGCUUGAACUGUACUGUGCCGAAGCACACCUUCCAAGCGUGCCAGGGCCGAGGUAGUGUACCAAAAUUGAGGACGGAUCGAGCACUCACACUAAUCAAACAAACUAAAUUUUAGGGGUGCUUGAGCACGGUAUUGAUUGCCUAGUGUGAGUGCGCCCUCAAACACCUCUCUCUGUACCUUUCUGAAUGUAGGGACCAUUAUUAAAAAUAACAAAAUAUUACACUAAGAUCAGGAAAAUAGAUUGCACCCAUAUAUAAGAUGCUGAAAGAAUUAUCGGGUUAUCAGGGUCUCUCAGAGAAAAAUGCUUGAAGGCCUCGUCCCACGUGAUUAUUUCUAUGGCGUUCAGCAGAGUCCACAACCUGCAGCUGUGUAGCUCUUCUAGUAGCAUCUCAGGUUUCUACCAGGUUGAGUUUGUAAUCCUGCCUCCCCUCUCAGUACACAGUAACGUUGAUAGUUGUGAAGUACGAACCCACAGCUGCAGCUCCACAGAGGGUUCAGUGGCGGCCGCCACUUUUAAUUAGCUCGUUAUGCCCUCCAAGCCGUUCACGUGACUGAAAGCUACAAAUAUAAACUUUAGGUUAUUUACAUAACCCCGGUUCUCUGAGUAGCAUGAGUGAGUGUCUCACUAUGGGGAACACCUCCUGCGUGACCUCGUCAGAAGCUUAAUAACACUACGCCAGCCCUCAUUGGCUGACAAGGAUGACGCCUAUGUCUGGAGGGGAGGGGACCCUCCCCCUAUAUAAUAGGCAGGCAUAGCGUCAGCCGUCAUUCAAUAACCUCUUCUCGCUUCUCACAGAAGCCUUUUCGACACCUGUAUUAACUAAGCUAAGCUGAACUGUCAUAGGUAAUAAGCGAUAGAACAUCAGUCUUUGAUUUUGUGUUGUUAUUGUGUGAUAUUAGAAAUAUUAAACCGUUUACCAACAGAAGACAAACGUAUGGUUGUCUUGUUCUCUCUCUCGUGUUCUUUCAUGAACCAGCCAUAAACACACACUAGCAUGCUGUUUGUUAUGGAAACAACAGAAGCAUAUUUGUUCUCUCACAGCCGCUCUUGCAUCAAGAAAAUGCUAAAACACAAUGUCACAUGCCGUAGUGGUCUGUGUGUUUGUUUUGUUGUCCUCUCCCUGUCCGGUGCUCUGCAGGCUCAAACUCUCUGCUACAGCUGAUUGAGCUCACCUGAAGUCAGCGAUCAGGACCUGAAGCAUGCAGUGCCGAUUCUCGAGUCUGUUGGGGCCCUACUUUUUACAGCUAAUUCCUCUUAAUUUUUCUUCGGUGACUUUCAUUGACAAACUUUGGGCUUCACUGUAAUAAUGCAUGCGAGACAUAGCAGGGCAACAAGAGUGAGUGCUUUCAGAUGGGGCCCCUUUAGGGAGGUUUUCUACUGUCAUUGCAAAAUUUGGACAUUUUGGGCUGCUGCUUUGGUUUAGGUUUUUUUUAUUUUUUUUAUUUUACCAGGCAGAAUUGCUUGAGAUCAAAUGACCUCUUUUUCGAGCAAGGCCUGGCCAAAAGGUUUGUGAGCCCUCAGGGGCCCCCCUACUGGUCUGAGGCCCCAGGCUGUUGCCUGCCUUGCCUGUUGACAAGCAGCGCCUCUGGAGCAUGAAGAGCAGGAGAGAGGAGCCAGGGUGCAGGACCAGAAUCCAGAGGCCCUGUUUCAGACAGCAGGAUCUCAGUAGAUUUACCAUAAACUGUUUUCAGAGACUUUGCCUAAUCAUGUUGUCUUUUGUUUCUAAAGACACCAAGAAAAAGAAGACAAACAUUUCUUUAUCAUACAUUUAUUGAUUCUAUAAAGAUAAAUUCUUCAUCUGCAUAUUUGAUGAUAAAAACCCCACUUUAUUUUUUCCCCUUAAAUAUCAAGAGUGAACAGUUUUAAUGAGUAAAUCUGAUUUAAAAAAAUAGAUUAAAACUCGGAGUAUUGAGGCGUUAAAUAUGUUUGUGUAAUGUAGAAUGUAGCAUUCAGACCCCUGUUUAAUUUUCCUCUUUGUAUUAAGUUUUGAAAGUUUUGAAAGCGAUGAAUCAAUGUGUUUAAAACGUUUAUAUUUACAACAACAUGAAUACCGGAACAUAUAAAUAGUGAUGUGGCGCCGUAUCGUGGCACUGUGUGGGGAUGUAGCUCAGUGGUAGAGCGCAUGCUUCGCAUGUAUGAGGCCCCGGGUUCAAUCCCCGGCAUCUCCACUUUUUACCUCAAAGAUAUCCAUCUUCACUUUUUGAACUGCGAUCCAAUGAAUGUAUUUUACUGUCAAUGAAAACAUUAGUUCUUGAUUCUUUUUUAGUUUUGAUUACGUUGUUAUGAUAUAAAAAUGGUAAAAACCU